AGGAGUGCUGCCAAAGUUUGGGUCAGAUCGGCUCGUGGAGUAAGCAGUCAAGAGAGACUUGGACUAGAGUUGGCCACACGGUCCCCACGCGAAGGACACGAGAGCUGUAAACUGCCAAACCCCUUCCUGCUCUUCCGCCUCUUCUCGUGCCACCGCUGGAGCGCGCGCUCGCCUUCGCCAUCCAUCACUCCACAGUCAGCUGUCAGCGCGAUGGAAACCGCAACCAUCACCACCACCACCACGCAGACCGCGUUCACCUUUGGACUAAGCGAGAGACACGCGACCCUCAGCCUGCACGCGCCGGCCGAGGACGACGCGCCGCCCGCCGCGCACGCCGGCGCCGGCGGCUACCAAAGCAAGAGCAAGGUGCUGAAGAGACAGCGCUCGAGCUCGCCCGAGCUGCUGCGCUGCAAGCGGCGCCUGAGCUUCAACGGCCUCGGCUACUCGAUCCCGCAGCAGCAGCCCGUGGCCGUGGCCCGGCGGAACGAGCGAGAGAGGAACCGGGUCAAGCAGGUCAACAUGGGCUUCCAGACGCUGCGCCAGCACGUGCCCAACGGCGCCGCCAACAAGAAGAUGAGCAAGGUGGAGACGCUGCGGUCCGCGGUGGAGUACAUCCGGGCGUUGCAGCAACUCCUGGACGAGCACGACGCGGUGUCGGCGGCGUUCCAGUGCGGGCUGCCGUCGCCCACGCUCUCCAACAGCUACUCCGCGGACCCCGAGUCGCCUCACUCCACCUACUCGUCGGACGAAGGCGGCUACGAGCCGCUCAGCUCCGAGGAGCAGGAGCUGUUGGACUUCACAACCUGGUUCGACAGGUACUGAGGCCGGCGGCACCGGACCCAGGCAGCAGCGUCUGUGCGUAAAAGCGGCGGACUUCCAGAACAUGCCGACAAAGACUUGAUGAAGGCGUCAGAUCAGUUUUGCCCUGCGUGGCAUGGAAGUGAUCUGUCGCCUCCCUCCCUCACCCGGGCUGCUUCUGAAGGAGCAAAGCAAUAGUGAGAAAGAGAGAGAGAGAGAGAGAGAGAGAGAGAGAGCGUGCGUGAGAGCGAGAGAAAGGGAGAGACGGAGCCUCUUGUUGCAUAGAGCGUAAACAGUCGCCCCAGAAGAAGGAGCCGGAGUCGGUGUCACGUCGACGCGUGGAAGUGUUGAUGUUUGAAUAAGUGCAAUUAAUACGUGACACAGGCCGCAGAGGCGGCGCUGGCGCGUCACGGGACUUGUUUGACGAGCGUCUCAUCGGAGCAGGAGCGUCUUCCUCCGCUGCCACGUCUGCUGGUGGAAACCACGCAGACGACGCGUCGACAGACUGUUGUUUUAUUUUUAAAUCGUGAUGUACAUUUUCCUCUUUCGUAACACAAUUUGUAUCACACAACGAAUGGUUUUAACAUGAAGACAUAUUUUUGUACGUUGACUUAAACGAACAGCGUUCCUGAACAAGACACUGCCACAUUCUAGGACAGUGUUAUCGCAAGCUGUCAGUGAAGCAGUGGACUGGCAUGCAUGAGUUGUGUGACUGGGCAGCAAUAUUAAGGUUACUACCUGUGACUGAUUGUAGUUGUUGUUGUUGUGUUUUUUUUUAAUAGGUGGUAAGGAGAUCUUUAUUAAUGUAUGCACUUGUUCUCCAUUUCCCGUAGCCUAAAGUGUAAAUAUUUGAUUUUAACAGAUAUAUUUUGUGUAAAACAGUUUUUUAUAAAGAUGAAUCUAUUUAUAUUA